AUGAUGAUAUCAGAUGAAUGGAUUCUCGAUGUGAUCAUAUCAGAUGAUGAGAUUCUCGAUAUGAUGAUAUCAGAUGAUGAGAUUCUCGAUAUGAUGAUAUCAGAUGAUGAGAUUCUCGAUAUGAUGAUAUCAGAUGAUGAGAUUCUCGAUAUGAUGAUAUCAGAUGAAUGGAUUCUCGAUAUGAUGAUAUCAGAUGAUGAGAUUCUCGAUAUGAUGAUAUCAGAUGAUGAGAUUCUCGAUAUGAUCAUAUCAGAUGAAUGGAUUCUCGAUAUGAUCAUAUCAGAUGAUGAGAUUCUCGAUAUGAUCAUAUUAGUUGAAUGGAUUCUCGAUAUGAUCAUAUCAGAUGAUGAGAUUCUCGAUAUGAUCAUAUCAGAUGAUGAGAUUCUCGAUAUGAUCAUAUCAGAUGAUGAGAUUCUCGAUAUGAUGAUAUCAGAUGAAUGGAUUCUCGAUAUGAUCAUAUUAGUUGAAUGGAUUCUCGAUAUGAUCAUAUCAGAUGAUGAGAUUCUCGAUAUGAUCAUAUCAGAUGAUGAGAUUCUCGAUAUGAUGAUAUCAGAUGAAUGGAUUCUCGAUAUGAUGAUAUCAGAUGAAUGGAUUCUCGAUAUGAUCAUAUCAGAUGAUGAGAUUCUCGAUAUGAUCAUAUUAGUUGAAUGGAUUCUCGAUAUGAUCAUAUCAGAUGAAUGGAUUCUCGAUAUGAUGAUAUAG